GCUGCGGCGCAGGCGCACAGGGCGGCGGGCGGUGGGCUGGCUGCGGUGGACGUGUCGGAGCCACGGGCGGUCAGGUGUGAUGCUGCCACUUGCUCCACUUUGACCAUCCUACUUUUUCCAGUGCUUGCUGCAUGUGUUGGGCUUUGGAGAAGAAGAGGAUGGUCAAAGCUAGAAAGCAGGAAUUUGAUUCGGUGGGGCAUGAACACUAAGCUAUUCCAUUGUGGGCCGUGCGAGCAAGACCCUUGAACAGAAGAGCAAUGGCCACAGCAACCGCUUCUCAGCUGAACCUGGAUGCCCUCCGGGAAGUACUAGAAUGCCCUAUUUGUAUGGAGUCCUUCACAGAAGAGCAGCUGCGACCCAAACUCCUACACUGUGGCCAUACUAUCUGCCGCCAGUGCCUGGAAAAACUCCUGGCCAGUAGCAUCAAUGGUGUUCGAUGCCCCUUUUGCAGCAAGAUUACACGCAUAACAAGCCUCACGCAGCUGACAGACAAUCUGACGGUGCUAAAAAUCAUUGACACAGCUGGGCUCAGUGAGGCUGUGGGCCUGCUCAUGUGCCGGUCAUGUGGGCGGCGGCUACCCCGGCAGUUCUGCAGGAGUUGUGGUUUGGUGUUGUGUGAGCCCUGUCGGGAGGCAGAACACCAGCCUCCUAGCCACAAUACACUCCCUGUCAAAGAGGCAGCUGAGGAGCGGCGUCGGGACUUUGGAGAGAAGUUGACCCGUCUUCGGGAGCUUAUGGGGGAGCUGCAGCGGCGGAAGGUGGCCUUGGAAGGUGUCUCUAAAGACCUGCAAGCUAGAUACAAAGCAGUUCUUCAGGAGUAUGGGCAUGAGGAACGCAGGGUCCAGGACGAGCUGGCUCGCUCUCGGAAGUUCUUCACAGGCUCUUUGGCUGAAGUUGAGAAGUGCAAUAGUCAAGUGGUAGAGGAGCAGAGUUACCUGCUUAACAUUGCUGAGGUGCAGGCUGUGUCUCGCUGUGACUACUUUCUGGCCAAGAUCAAGCAAGCUGAUGUAGCACUACUGGAGGAGACAGCUGAUGAAGAGGAGCCAGAAUUCACUGCCAGCUUGCCCCGGGAACUCACCCUGCAAGAUGUGGAGCUACUUAAGGUGGGUCAUGUUGGCCCUCUCCAAAUUGGGCAGGCUGUUAAGAAGCCUCGGACAGUUAACAUGGAAGAUUCCUGGGCCAUGGAGGCUGCAGCUUCUGCUGCUUCUACCUCUGUUACUUUUAGAGAGAUGGACAUGAGCCCUGAGGAAGUAGUUGCCAGCCCUAGGGCUUCACCUGCCAAACAGAGGGGCUCUGAGGCAGCCUCCAAUAUCCAGCAGUGCCUCUUUCUCAAGAAAAUGGGGGCAAAGGGCAACACGCCAGGCAUGUUUAAUCUUCCAGUCAGUCUCUAUGUGACCAGUCAAGGCGAAGUGCUGGUUGCUGACCGUGGCAACUACCGCAUACAAGUCUUUACCCGCAAAGGCUUUUUGAAGGAGAUCCGCCGCAGCCCCAGUGGCAUUGAUAGCUUUGUGCUAAGCUUCCUUGGGGCUGAUUUGCCUAAUCUCACUCCUCUCUCAGUGGCCAUGAACUGCCAUGGGCUGAUUGGUGUGACUGACAGCUAUGACAACUCCCUCAAGGUAUAUACCUUAGAUGGCCACUGCGUGGCCUGUCACAGGAGCCAGCUGAGCAAACCAUGGGGCAUCACGGCCCUGCCAUCUGGCCAGUUCGUGGUGACUGACGUGGAAGGUGGAAAACUUUGGUGUUUCACGGUUGACCGAGGAGCAGGGGUGGUCAAAUACAGCUGUCUCUGCAGCGCUGUGCGGCCCAAGUUUGUCACCUGUGAUGCUGAAGGCACCGUCUACUUCACCCAGGGCUUGGGCCUCAACCUGGAAAAUCGGCAGAAUGAGCACCACCUGGAGGGUGGUUUUUCCAUUGGUUCCGUGGGCCCUGAUGGGCAGCUUGGUCGCCAGAUUAGCCACUUCUUCUCAGAGAAUGAGGAUUUCCGCUGCAUUGCUGGCAUGUGUGUGGAUGCUCGUGGUGACCUCAUCGUGGCUGAUAGUAGUCGCAAGGAAAUCCUCCAUUUUCCUAAAGGUGGGGGCUACAGCGUCCUUAUUCGAGAGGGGCUCACCUGUCCAGUGGGCAUUGCCCUCACUCCUAAAGGGCAGCUGCUGGUCUUGGACUGUUGGGAUCACUGCAUCAAGAUCUACAGCUACCAUCUGAGAAGAUAUUCCACCCCUUAGAUGACGAGCAAUCGCAUUUCAUGUGUUUCCUAGUCAAUUUUCCUUCCCUUAGCUUUUGGUUAUUGAUGGUAUCAUAGAAUAGACUUGGCAUAUGUCUUUUGAUUCCAGCUGGGUUGUCCUAGAAUUUUAGAAGCUCUAGUUUUUAGUGUUUGUUAUCCCCUUCUCCCCGUACCAUCCCCAAUAAAUUUAGAGCUUUAACGGAUGCAUUACCCCAAAUAGGACACAUGAUGGUGUUAGCUGAAGUUUGAUUAGAAAUUAGUCAUUUCCAAGGCUUCAGUAGAGCCAUGUUAGCCUCUGUGUUUGAAAUUUGCCCCUGUAAUGAAUCCUUAUUGAUUUUUUUCCUUUUGGUUUUGAUGUCAAUGUCACUGGUAUAUUAUUUCUUUAGUGUUAUAAUGUGCUUGAUCUGUGGAACUUCCUCCUUGACUCCGGUUGCAUUCCAUGUGCAUGCUCCAGUUUGAUCUGCUCAGCCUUUCAGUGACAUCUCAGACUUGUACCCCUGCAGCAUGAUAUCUUAGGUUGAUCAUCUUUACCAUUGUAAAAGUACAUUUAUUAAGUGCCACCAAGGUAUGCAAUCCCUUUGGGGAGGAAUACCUUUGGCUGGGGAAUUUGUGCCAUCUUGGAUCAGUCUUAGUGCAGAUGUGCUAGAGAAUGGAUUGACUCUAGCUAGUUAGAGAGUGGAUUGACCCUGUGAUAGAAGUUGUUUGAGGAAUUGUAGGACACAGGCCAUGACCAACAAAGUGGGGAGGUGGACACGUCCAUUUUCAUUACAAAAACAAACAACUGUUGGGUACCCUGUAUUUUCCUCAAGUGAGUGCAUAAUAUUUGGCUUCAGAGUUUACUUCAGUUCUUCCAAGCAUUAAAUAAUUGAUAAUUGUUUCUUUGUUAGUGGUGUUCAUGUCUUUUAAUUAAAUACAGGAUUUGGGAGGCAAAGGAGAGGGAUAACUUGCACAUGCUAUCUCGUUUCCUUGUCUGACAGUGUUCUUUGAGGGAAUAGUGGUCUAUCCAAAUUAAAAUUCAGCCAAAAGCACCAUUGUGUAAAGAUAAUCCAAAUCUUAUUUCCACUAUGAACAGAAUCAGCCCUCAGCGUUUGAAUCACCCUGUUCAAAAUUAAGCCUCUACCAUAGGUAUAUGUUUAAUUCUUAUAAUUAUAGUUCAAAAAAGAAAAAUAGUCUUACACAUUUAGGACUAGAAGUGAGAGAAUCUGGUGAGAGAACUUUGGUGUUUAUUAAGCAGCGUAUCUUGCUUCUUAUGUGCAGAGAUGAUAGCAAGCAAAAACGUUCCAGUCCCUCACUUUCAUAGAAACAAGAUUUUUAAGCCAAGAUCUACUGAUAAUUAUUUUUAGAAUUAGCAGUGUUGCCUCCCCACCCUCCUCGGGUUGUGAUUUGUUGCCACAGGACAAGUAAAGAAUUAAAGUGAUGCUAAACUAGUUUGUCUUUUGCUUUUCACCUAAAAAAAAAAAAAAACUCUCUGUUCUGAUGAUGAACUUGCAUCUGAUUUUCGAAGAUUGUAUAAUUGAGAGGAAAUUGAUCCAAUUAAAAAUACAUCACUAGUUAUUAGAGCUAUUUUAUCUGGUGCAACCCAGCAGCAGGAGAUCUGUCUUUGCUGUCAGUGGGGAACUUGCUGAGGCAGUAAUAGCAGCCAGGCCUUUGCCAUAUGGUUUGCACCAGAGAAGUGAAUAUGAUAUUGUGAGCUGGCGUGAGGUAAACAAGGCCAGGAAUUCUCCAGUAGCCUGUGCUUUGGGAAGGAAGUGCUGUUACUGAUUGGCAUUCAGCAGAUCUAUGCCUGUUUGUGAUCUGCAGUCAUACUCAAGUAAAACAGGUAUCUGCCAGCUUACAGUGUGGUCUAAUUUUUUUAAAUUUAUUUUACUUUAUAUUUUACUCAUUGAUGAGAGUACUUGGGGCUUUGCUUAGUCCAAUUUUCAGUUAUCUGCCAUGUUGACUAAAUUGGAGAGUAUGGUCCCAGGAAACUAAUUUCCUCACAGUAGUUGGUUUGUUCUGUUCUGUUUUGUUUUAUUUUGAUUUGUGUUUUAAAGGAGUAGAACUUUAUCCAAAUAAAGUCCUAUAGGCAAGUCUGUGAUGCAGAAGAGAUUAAAGAACAGUGGUUGUGGUUCAGGCAGAUUUGUAAGGCUGGAGAACAGGCUACUUCCUCCCUCCUUCCCUGCACUGCAUCUGUGCUACCAUUAUAGAACACUUGUCAAUCUGCAGUAUACUUUCUUUAAGCCAUCAAACUGCAGCAAUCCUAGUUUUUCAGUUGCAUCUCCCUAGUCCUGUGGCUGUGGAUAAAUCACUUAACUCUGAAAAAUGAUAAAAAGGACUCCUGCCUCCUGGAAGGGUGUGAGGUAACAGAUGUGUUCAAGAAAUGGCAACUGCAUUAACUUCCUUAUUGAGUUACUCAAAAGAGUAUUUGGUGAUGCAAGGUGGUGCCACACCACCAAACAGUUCUUUCCUUCUUGCCUACCUUAUUGCUGUACAGUUUUCUAUUGGCAACUAAAACAUUUCUCAGGCAUUUUCUUUAACCAUACAUCUCCAAACAAAUCGUCACCUGUUCUGUUCUACUAGCUAUUCAUAUUUCUAGUACUAAUCACUGUGUUAAUAUUUUUCCAUGUACAGUAUCUGAGCCUUAUUGGAGCUUAGCUAAUCUUUCGCUACCAGCACAUAUAAAAUGUGCCUAGUAUAAAAUAUGUUCACAUUUACUUCAUUCACUUAAGUUAUUUAGCCAAUUUAGUGGUGACUCCAGUAAUCAGAGGCUUCCUAGCACUGCCUUCUUACAUUGGCUUGGAAGGGAUUCUCAGGCCCCUUUAAAGAGGUAUGAAAACACUAAUAGCAAACAGUUGACUUAGGUUGGAUAAGCCCGUGUCAUUUUCAGUAGUUACAUAAAAUUUAAAAUAUUGGAGCAAUGAUUGAUUCAAUUUUUAACUGAGCACCUACUGUAGGCCAGGUACUUUGCCAAGUGUUUAGAAAGUGUGUGUGUGUGUGUGUGUGUGUGUAUACAUAUAUAUAUAAAUGUAUUUUUUGUAAAUUAUUCCACAGUCUUAUCUAAUGUACUUGAAACCCAUAUUUUGUCAUUUUGCACUUCCUUAAAGGCCCGGCAUCGUCUAUGUCUAAAUUACUAUGAAGUCAAUCCUAGUGUAUGCUGCAGUCUGAGAUAGUCUGCAAAGAGGCACUCCAUUGUUCCAGUCAGAAGAAACUCAGCUUGAACUAUACAGUAUUUCUGAAAGAUGAGUAAUGCUUACUUUUUAAUCUAGUGGUUAUUAUUCACACCUUAAAAGUGAAGUGCUACCAAACUCUGUAAGAAGAAAAUGGAAAACAGCUGAUAGGAGAUGCAAGUCUCUACCCUAUGUCUGACUGGGAUGCUGAUUUACACUCAGAAUGUGUAGCCUCUCAAGGGAUCUCAAAACAAAUUACAGAUACGAGGCAGCAGAUGCUUGGAUGAAUAUUCCAACCAGGGCAGUAGUGAGGUAGCCUUUUAGCAAAAUGCACACUUAAGACUUCAGACCUGUGACUUUAUCUUGUCAAUAUCAUUAAUAUUCAUAGGACCUUGUCUUAAGUAUGAAGUUAGGCAGCUCUGGGACCGGAGUACAUUCUAGCAGGAAGAUCACUGGACUUGGAGUCAGACCUUUUUGUUGAAUUACAGCUCUGCCACUUACCUAGCUAGCUAUAGGACCUCAGGCAAACACCACAUCUCUGAGUAACAGUUUUCUUAUCUAUAAAAUAAGAAUAUUGAAUUGAAUUGCUAAAAUCCCUUCUAGCUCUAUAACUUUAAUUUAUUAACUCAUGCAAAACGUGAUUUCACCCCAAUCUUUUUGCAUAAUACUAUUUACUAGAAUAGUAGAAAAAGCUUGCACUUUGGAAUCAGCCUCACCGUAGUGCAGUUGCUUCACUACCCCAACUGUUGUUACUUUGUCUCACUUACUAGCAGUUGUUGCUGUGCUAAUCUAUAGUUUCUUUAUCUGGUAAAAGGAAAUGACAUUCCUUUUACGUUUACAUUUUAAAGGCCUACCAUUGGGGGAAUUAAACCAUAAUGGAAUAAUAUAUGCAAAGAACUUAAUUUUGAAAAUGUGACUUCAUUAUACAGGACAAAAACUUCCUUUCCCUUCAUGGUGAGCUGAUACCCAUCCUUCAGGUAAAGCCUUGGAAAAGAUUUCACACCUGUGUUGGUGACUCUUUUAAUAACAUACUUAGCACUGGUUGGCUUAAAAAGCCUAUUGGAAGAAGAGAGAUUGCUGGGGCUGCUGAGACAACUCAUUCUCAGUAGUGCAUAGAAAAGCUACUAAGAAAGCUACACACAAACCUCAAGUCUAAUUAUUUGACUGAAGCAAUUAAGAAAGCAUCUUGAUCGUUUCUGAGAGGUAAAUGGAAUCGGGAUUUUUUAAAGGUAUAUAUGCAGAUACUGUAUAUGCAAGUCUGUAGGAAGAAAAAAGUUUUAAAAACUUAGAAAUGUUCGUAUUUAACUUUCUUGUAGAUGGCUAUUUUAAAAAGAGUUUUCCUCCACAUCAACACUUCAUAACUCAAAUUAUAUACAUAAGCCACAGAUCUCAUUGUUGCACGGGAAGGGUGUCCUGAGUUCGGUCCGGUUUCCCUACCUAUUAUCUCUGUGACCAUUUCACCGCUUAGCUCUUAGCCCCAGUUUCCUCAUUUGUAAUACAGUGAUUCUCUUCCACACCUUACUGCAUUAUUGUGAAACAUUAUUGUGAAACAUAAAACACAUAGCAGGGUACAAUGAGGCAUUUUUAAAUUACAGUAAAUUAAAUAUGUCUGAAAGCUACUCAUGUUUUUGUGAUACAGGGAAGAUACAAAACUGGUAAGGAAUCUAUACCUCUAUCCUUAAGGAAAGUUACUUAGUGGUCCAUUGACAUCUUGAUUGAAAACAUGAAGAUUUUAUGUAAGUCAAAUGCAUGUUUUUUUCCUCUAUAUGUAAAGUUAGGAUUUUCUUCUGAUAACUAUAACAUUACAUAGUUUCACAGAAUAAGAACUGAAAUACUAUUUAUUCAUUUACUUAUUAAACAUACGAUAUCUAC